AUGCCGAUGCCAAUGAUGCCCACCGAUUUGGCGGCAUUGGCGCCCCACCAAGAUACCACCCAUACCCCUCUUGAACCUGCCGCCUCCUCAACCGUGGCCGCACCAACAUCAAACAGGCAAGAGCUUGCCAACCCUCACCCAUCAGCCACCUCAACCAGUGAGAAGUUUGACGCAAAUCUGACCAUACAACACUCCACGGGCUCGAGCCCUGCCACCAAUACGCCCUUACCACCGUCAACUGCGCCUCAGGACCACCCAUCUCAGUCUCUUAGCGCAACAAUUUCUCUGGCCGGACCGACAAUCACCCCGGUCAAUCCCAGCAAGAUACCGCCUGUGCUUAAACCACCAGCUCCCCCCAUGAUCACUCUCCUCAAAUCCACCACAAACACAGGCUCAACUUCCGAUUCCCCUACUGCUUCACAUGAAAAAUCCAGCCCCGCUACAUCAAAACCCUCGGACCAGCUCAAUCAAGAACAAGCAAAUUUCAAUUUUAACAAGGUUCAACUACUGAUUUCACCAUCAGCAGUGUAG